UAAUGAUGUAGAUAGGUUGUACCUACAUGCACGAGAUUUCGUCACUACCACUACCACUACCACCACCGUAAUCGCCGCGGUCUGAACUACAACAUAAUUUGUUAUGUGAUUUGUUUUUUCCAUCUGUCCACGGCGUGGGAUAAUCACCAUUCACCGCGUUACUGCGUCAGUCUUGCGUGCGACCUCUUGCCCGUAGUCCAACCUUAGGAAAGUUCUGCACUCCUACCGUUCUGUUAACGCUCGUCCGCCAACCGCCAAAACAACCUAUUUGUACCUAUAAAUUAGCUCUACAACAACGACAUGACAAAGACAGACGUUUCUGCCGCUGACGGCGGACGACCCUGGCCUGAGCGAAUGACGGCGUGGCAGAUUGACACUUACGCGCCGUUUGAAGACUCGGCCACGCUCAACGACAAGGCAGAGUCACCCGCGUCCCUCGGACCCAAAGACGUUCUGGUACGUGUCAGGGCAUCGUCCGUCAAUCCAAUUGACGUCCUUAUGGCCGAGGGUUAUGGUCAAGUACUAUUGAGCCGGGUCCGGCAGGCGAAAAAAAAGUCAUUUUUCAGGACGGUCGAGUUUCCGUUGACUCUGGGACGAGAUUUCGCAGGUGAAGUAGUUGCGAAAGGAGCUGAAGUUGGCUCGGAACACUUGAACAUCGGCGACGCUAUUCUUGGAGUCGUAGCUCCUUACCAACAUGGCUGUCAUGCCCAAUUCGUCACCGUUCCCAUAACUCAGGUAGCCAAAAAGCCCGAUCAUAUGUCCUACGAGGAAGCGGCGUGCUUGCUGUACACAGGCUUAACCACGUGGUGCGCCUUGACAUCGGCCGGGGGCUUGAACUCUUCAAACGCUGCCGACAAGAACGUACUGGUCAUCGGCGGUUCCGGUGGUGUUGGUAAUAGUGCAAUACAGAUACUCAAGUCGUGGGGCGCCAAGGUAACUACUACGUGUAGUACAAAUGCCAUAAAUCUAGUGAAAGGACUUGGACCAGAUAAUAUAAUUGACUACACUACCGCAGAUGCGCAAAAACAGUUGGAACAGUUUGGAAAGUACGACCUGAUUCUGGACGCGGCCGGGAUACCAUACGGAGAUAUCGGCGGAUCCUACACGCCGCUCUUGAAACCAUGGUCAUGGGCGAAAUUCGUCACCCUCCGCAGUCCCGUGUUGCACAACACAGACGCGUAUGGAAUGGUGUUUGGCAUGCUGAAGAAUGCGUUCGACCUGGUGGCGCCGAACGUCUGCUCCGGCGCCGUGUUCAAAGGCUCCACGAUCCGUUGGGGUUUUUUCAUGCCCGCUGAGCAAGGAGUUGAGGAGCUAGCUCGGCUAUCCGCGGAGAAGAAGAUCACCGUGCCCAUCGACAGCGUUUACGAGUUUGCGGACAUGAAGGAAGCGUUCGGCAAAGUAAAGGCCGGACACCUCCGCGGCAAAGUGGUCGUCAAGUUUGACGAAAAGUAACGGAAGUGCCUCAAAUUUCAGAACUUUAAGAAACAUGGACCGAAUAUAAUAUUAUAUUAUACCUAUUAUCUGGCUUGUCUGUGUAAAGUCCAUUAGCUUCUGAAGCUCAUUUAUGUCUUCCCGAGAAAUAUAUCAUCCGUCCUAUAAAUUAUAAUGAUUAAUUUCUAACUAAAAUUUCUGUAUCUAAUCUUACAGGUAUAUGGCUACAUUCUAUUUUACAUUUCAACUGAAGUUUAUUCCUACUCAUAUUGUAUAAUACUAUGUAUUGCCGGAAAAAAUAUAUCAUUUGUUCAUCUAUUACCGUACAGAAAGUUAAUCAUCACAGAAAGUCUAAAUCAGCUUAAUCGUUGAUCAACGAUUAUAUACAACCAAAAAGUUGGCACCAUUGGCAAUCAGCUAGGUACCUUAUUUGUGCAUGUCCAAAAAUAUAUAAUCCUAUAAUCUAUAGUGUAAUAUAGCUUAAAGUCCAUGUGAAUGUGUUAUUUAAAUAAACUUUUUUUUUUUAGUAAGUACAGUUAUUGUAAUUAGUAGUUUUAAAUGUAAAAGUUUUUUUUGUUAUUUUAUUUUAUAAGUGCUAAUUGGUAAUAAAAAUACAUUAUAUUGGCA